UUUAGCCACCAGGGGACCCUUGCGUAUCGUAUUAAUUUACAACACUGAGUGCUAAGUCCAUAGUGUGUGUGUGUGUCGGUGUUUCCAGGGGCUGUAAAUACAUGAAAUACGAAGAACCGCCGGCAUACCUUGAACUGCAGAUUUACUGGAACACUACCGGAAAGAAUGAAUUGUGAAAACUUUUCAUUAAGUGAGAAGAUUGUCUCCUCAUCGUACAUAAGGCAGGGUGCUCAAGCACGUCGCACCCACGAGCAAUUAAUCAGACUGCUCUUGGAAAAGGGUAAAUGUCCUGAAGAUGGCUGGGAUGAAAGUACUAUUGAGCUGUUUCUCAAUGAACUGGCUCUCAUGGAUAGUAACAACUUUCUGGGUAACUGUGGUGUCGGAGAGCGGGAAGGAAGAGUAGCCUCCAGUCUUGUGGCCAGAAGGCAUUACAGACUCAUACAUGGAAUUGGACGAUCAGGGGAUAUUGCUGCGGUUCAGCCUAAAGCUGCUGGUUCCAGCCUGCUCAACAAGCUCACCAAUGCAGUAGUGCUUGAUAUUUUAAAGGCAGCAGGUGUCCGAACUGUUUCCAGCUGCUUUGUGGUUCCAAUGGCCACUGGAAUGAGCCUAACCCUUUGCUUCCUGACAUUAAGACAUAGAAGACCAAAAGCAAAGUACAUCCUUUGGCCCAGGAUUGACCAGAAGUCAUGUUUUAAAUCUAUGAUAACUGCAGGGUUUGAACCAGUGAUUGUGGAGAGCUUGCUGGAAGGAGAUGAGCUGCGGACCGACCUGCAGACUGUGGAGAGCAAGAUAAAGGAGCUAGGCCCGGAGAACAUUGUGUGUGUUCACUCCACCACCUCCUGCUUUGCUCCCAGAGUCCCUGACAGACUGGAGGAACUGGCCCAGAUGUGUGCAAAGUAUGAAAUUCCCCACAUAGUCAACAAUGCCUAUGGAGUUCAGUCCUCUAAAUGCAUGCACCUUAUUCAGCAGGGUGCUCGGGUUGGAAGAAUAGAUGCAUUUGUCCAGAGCCUCGACAAAAACUUCAUGGUUCCAGUAGGUGGCGCCAUUAUUGCUGGUUUUAAUGAAUCCUUCAUUCAGGAAAUCAGCAGGAUGUACCCAGGUCGAGCAUCAGCUUCCCCCUCACUGGAUGUUCUCAUCACCCUUCUCUCCCUGGGAACAAACGGCUACAAGCAGCUUCUAAAGGAACGAAAGGAAAUGUAUACCUACCUGGCAGAGGAACUGAAAAAACUAGCAGAAGCUCAUGGAGAAAGGCUGUUGGAAACAUCUCAUAAUCCAAUAUCUUUGGCCAUGUCGCUAGGUAACUUUGAGAAACACACCAAAGCUGUGACACAACUGGGAUCCAUGCUGUUUACCCGACAAGUGUCAGGAGCGAGGGUGGUUCCACUAGGAACGGAACAAACUGUGAGUGGUUACACUUUCCAAGGCUUUAUGUCUCACACCAAUGAGUACCCAUGCCCUUACCUCAAUGCUGCAUCUGCCAUCGGAAUCACCAGACAGGAUGUGGACCUGUGCAUCAAAAGACUGGACAAGUGCCUUAAGAGCUUCAAGAGAGAGAAGGGUGACCAGAGCGAAAAACUGGAACGUGAGUCUGGGAAUCCAGCUACAGCCAGCGAGGAGGAUGUCAGUGAGUUAGCAGAGAGGUUCCAAGAAGAAGCAUGCCUUGGACUGAGGAAGUUAUGAUCUGCCUGUUUGAGGUUUCACUGUUUAAAUUAAUUUAAUAAUGAUUAUAUAUAUAUAUAUAUAUAUAUAUAUAUAUAAAUAAAAUACAUGGAUAAAAGCUAUAUUUGCAUCCUGAGCCAUUCGAAAAAAAAGUGAUAGUAGCACAGUAGUGACGUCAAAAAGUGAUAAUUCCUAAAUAUAUUUGAACUUUAACCCAUUCGACUCCUCGAGACCAUCACUUUCAAUUCAAACAAAAAAUAUUUUCAAUCACUCGACAACACCCACAGUACAGAAAUGUUCAUCAAUGACCAACAAAAUGAGAAUACGUUAAAAAAAAAGAUGUAAAGGUGGUACAUUAGUACCUCAGAGAAACUAAACGGAUAACGACAUAGAAAGUCUGUACAGCACUGAAAAAUACUAUUUAGAAAAAAAAAACGAAAAAAACUGAACUGUACUGCUGAACCUCGUCUUCUUUAAUAUUAGCAUCACAAGCGUAUCCUUGUAUUAUACAAAAUAAUAGAUGGGCUUCAGUGAGUUACAAGAAAAGAAUUCCAUCUCAGGUUUCUGUGACAGUUUUAUAAAUUACUCGACCUUCGGUCUGGUAAUUUAUGACGUCACAGAAACCCUAGAUGAAAUUACUUUCCUGUAACUCACUGAAGACCAUCUAUUUUAUACUAUUUUAUACCAUUCAUCAGAACGUACCCAACAGCAGAAAUCCAGGGUAGCCUGUACGGCAUGUUCAUAGUCAUGAACUGCUGUCAGUGUCAGCCUGUCAAAAGAAUUAAGAGAGUCCUGCGGUCAAACAUGCAUUGAGUCUUCAAGAGGUUUGAGGUAUCUGGGACCAUUCAGCUCCUUACACAUACAGUCAUUGGGCAGAUAAGAGGAAAUGGGAACCCGACCUGUUUAUUAAAGGUUUUUGUGUCUUAGUGCAUUAACAUGGAUCUUUUCCAAAAGAAAGCUUUUCUGCUUUGAUGGGGUGGACAUUGAUAUGAUUUGCAGUUCAUACAUUUAAGAAUCAAUACCCAUUAAAAAUGCACUAGCUAUCAUCCAGCAAAACAAUCCAUGAAACCACUUCACAGAUAAUUCUUAAAAUCCAUAAAUGUAAAAAAAAUACAUAUUUACUGCAGUAGACAUUACUAGAUAAAUACUGUAUGACUUGCUGAAGUGGCUUAUGUUACUGGGAGUAAUCUCAUUGACUAUUAUGAACUAUUAUACUAAAAUAUUAAUGUGAGGUUCAUUUGGAAAACCCAAACUGCUGUUUGAAUGUCUCUGUGGUCUGUGAAUGUUAGAGCUGACUGUCAGGAGAAAUCCUUUUUUAUUUUAUUUUUUGCUUGUUACAGUGGGUUCAUAUUUAAACAAGAAACAUUCCAAUGUUCUAUCUAGCUCCUCAGUUGGCUCCAAGCAGAGCGGUUAGUGUUUAGCCAGAUAAGCCAGCUAUUAAGAGUUCUUGAAUUGAAUGGAAGCACACCAAACAAUACUUUUAAAUGAUCAGCUUUAAUUUGCUGCCUUUUUACUGAAUGCAUGUUUAUUAGCGUUGGAUCACAUCAAAUGUAUAUUCAAAAUAAACACAAGGAAGCUAGAAAGUACAGUAUUUCUGAGUCCUGAGCAUAUAACCCACCCUUAAGCUUCACUUCUGCACCCCUAGAAUUGCCAGGAUUGUUUGGAAGUCACCAUGCAAGCUCAGAGGGCUACUGUAUCUAAUAGAAAUAUCUGCUGAUAAAUGUAGAUACAUGAGAGAAUGUGGGCUUUGGGC